CUGGCGGAGCCCAUGGCGCCUACGACUGGCCGCUGGGUCCCGGUCCUGUGGCGGGCCUGCAACUGGCUCAUGGCCGUGUUCUUUGCGCUGGCGGCCUUGGUGCAGGUCAAUGAUCCCGAUGCAGAACUGUGGAUGGUGGUGUACAUGAUACCCGCGCUGCUGAGCCUGCUUGUGGGACUUAAUCCUCUUGUCACGGGCAAUUUUAUUUGGAAGAGUGUCUCCACAAUACACAUAUUCUUUUGUAUCGCGUGGGCUGUCGGCUUGGCGGGCUACCUCUGGCUUCACUCCCAACAGAGCAUCUUGCAUGAGGAAGAAGGCAGGGAGCUGUUUGGUCUGCUGAUUAUCACAGUAUGGAUGGGCCUGUGUCACAGUUCAUCAAAGAAUCCGGUUGGUGGAAGAAUUCAGUUAGCUACUGCCAUGGUAAUCGCUCUCCUCCCAUUCAUCUCUUGGAUCUACAUCUACAUAAACAAGGAGAUGAGGUCCUCCUGGCCAGUUCACUGCAAGACAGUAAUUUAAAUGAAGUCAAGAAUUCUCCUCUUCAAAUGAGUAUUGUUAAUCAAUUGUUUAUAGACAUGGUUGUAAAGGACCAAUUUCCUAGGAGUUUAUUUCAGGUAAUUUGAGUGAAUAUUAGAAGGGAUUAAAAAAAAUUCCCAAGAACUUUUCAAGGAUGCCUGCGACACAGCACGGGGAUUGCAUGGGACUGGGAAGAGACGGGGUCUGACAUUCAGUCAUGUCAGUAUAGCAGAAAAGGCAGAACAAAGUUUCAGAAAUAAAAAUUCUAACUCAGCUUAUCACUAUCUAAAUGACCUGGGCAAAUAUGGGAACCUCCUGGUGGAUGUCUUUGUCUGUAAGACAGGAUUAAUGCCAGAUCUCCUACUCACUUGUGCAGUUGCAAGGAUUAAACUGGAGAAUAUGAGAGCACUCCCAAAAUACCAAGUGCUUAUAAGGGGCAACCACUGAUUAAAACAGAGCAAAGUGGGGUUUAGGUGAUAGGAUAGACACAGAGGUUCAAGAAAGGGCUAUACCCCUGCACUGAACUCACUAUAUGGGACCAGCGCCAUGCCACAAACUAAAUGAGGAUGUGAAAUGAACGAGCGUGUCUUAGAAAGAAAGGAGGGGGUAGGUAGAAUAAAGGAAUUUGGGACCAAAAGGAAAG